AUGAAGAUUGGUAUACAGUGGGCUAGAGGCAAAAUAAAGCUGGAAGUCGACCCAAAUGAACCAAUUCAGAGUGUUAUAAACAGAUUUGCCGAAAGUAUUAAAACAGAACCUAAUUAUGUCGUACUUUAUAAAAUUCUUGGUCAAAAUGGAUACGAAGGCCGUCUUGACAAUAAGUUAACAGUUGGAGAGUCUAAUUUGCACAAUUUCGAUAUGACAUAUGCGAAAUUAUUAACAGAAAAAUUACCUGACGUAGAAUAUGGCAACUCUCUUGGUAAAGCGUUCGCAAUCAGUGACUUUAUCAAACAAGAUACGAUUAUACCAGAACAUAUUAAAGAAUUUACCAGUGAAUUCGGUCCUAAAGCAGUGAAUGUUCAAUUUUUCGAGUUAGCUGAUAGUUUAAUUCCACAAGUGAUCAAUCAAACAGAAUCCAGUACAUACGCUAUUCGUGUUGGUGUCGAAGCAAUUAAAAGAUUCCAAAUUGUUUCUUUAAAUGAACAUUUCAAAAAUCAUCGAAUGAUGUUCUUAUUUGGACGUGUCGACAAGAUUACAGGAAAGGUAACUGUUCAUUGUGGAAUGGAACCUCCACAAUUUAACAGUCCCGAUCAUUUCACAAUUGUUCCAGAGUUCGAGAUGCUUCGACCAUGCCAGAUUGCACAGUCCUUUGGUAUGCAAUGCGUUGGUAUGGCUGUUGCUCACAAUUACGGUCCAAAAUUGCCACUUCCUGGAUAUUUACUCAAAUUGGCCGCUCAUUUUCAAGUUAAAUUUGGAGAAUACUUCACAACUCUUGUUUUCAUGCCUAAUGGAACUAAUAAUAUCGAAGUAAACGCUUACCAAGUUUCAGAUGCUGUUACAAAACUAGAAAACUUAGGUUUGAUAGAAGAACCAAAGAGCUACAGUGAUCAGAAGGAGAUAGGACUCAUCAGAUUCAAGAAAGAUGUUAGAGUUUCUGGAGCAAAAAAGAGAUUUUGUAAUGUAAACUUCUGCCUUUGCGCCGUGAGAGUCAGAAAGGUCAAUUCCAAGAUCCCAUCUCACGAUUUCCCAUCUCCAAACUCGAAACCAACGAAAACAGAUUUGAUCAGAUAUCUCGAUGACAAUGAGUACUCUCCAACCUGGAGGAAGUUCUUUGACUUCAAUUUCCUCGUAUAUCUCGUUUCUCAAGAGUUAAUUACAAUCAAAGAUAUCGGAGAUAUUUCUACUUCGAUUGUUACUAUGACUGAUAUACCAAAACGUAUAGUAAAGAAGGUAGAAAAUUAUUACGGCAAAAAUAUGUAA